CACGCUUCGACAUCUACCUCAGCGAUGUCCUUCGGCAGUUUCAGGCGCCAAUUUGGCCCUGGAGGUCGUCACCCUCACAUCAAGUUCUACUCCUUUGGCAUGAACGACAACGAAGACUUCGUCUAUGACGAGGGCCUUGAUGAAUAUGAAGAGGAGCCAAGCCACGAAGAAGUUACUGAAGUCGCCGAGGUCCUCAGUUCUCAAAUGACUAGACUCUCUAUGCUGGAAGGUACACACAUCAAGCCGUAUGUUGGAAACGACCAGUCGCCGGAUAAGGGUUGGGAAGAGUAUGAAACCCUUCCGGCAACGACAGAGGCACCGAGCACCUCUUCGCUAUCGAAGACGGACGUUGAGCUUCCUAGGUCGAAACCGAACUCUAGCAAGAAGAGGCAUACGAAGCAUUGGGAGGCGAUGGAUAUCUUACUCAAUAAAUUCACGUCAAAGGCAAAUGAACUUGCAAAAGACGACCGAUGCCAGAACGAAGAGGCCGUAGCAAAUGCGAAGGCAAUGGGUGUCAAGGUUCGAGACUUCGCAAUGACGUCAGCAUCCAAGUCAUCCGAUGCCAUUGCCACCAACACCACGCAUGUCCAAAGAAGCCAGCGUCUAAGGAUGUUCCCUGCCCGGGCGAAGGCCGCGGAAUUCUUGUACAUGCGAUAUCUCCUCAAGCACGGUGUCUACGACUUUUUCAACAUUUGCACCGCCGCGGACGAUCUCGACCGGUUAUACACAUGCGGCUUUGUCAAGGCCGAUGACCUAGACCAUCCUUUCCUCCGUGCGUUGCUCGCACAUGGUAUCUACAGGCGGUCGCUACGCACGUCUGCCCAGCCAACGUCCACUGGAAAACUUUUACCGGCACUGGGUCCUUGGACGAUCCCGGUCGAUGCUCGCCGUCCGUCCCAGAGGACAAUGAAGCAAUACAUCGCGGAUUGCGAAGCCCGCCGGACAAAUCCAAAGCAUAUGAACCAUGAUUAUCUUGUCGCUUCUGUAAAGCGUUCUACCAUUAUUAAACAUUAUAUUGAUAAACAUGCGGAACGCGACGCCGCUGAUAUUCAGAUCGAUGACAGCGAUGGUGCCCUGGUAGAUGUUGAGGAAGACGAGACGUUCGUCCGACCAGAGGUUGCGUUUGCUAAGAAGGAUGAAUCAAGCAAGCCUGUUGAGGGAUCCGCUCCUGUCAACUCGCAAUCUGGUCCUGCGCCAGCUGCUGUUGAAGUGACUCAGCUCACUGGCCUUACACCAUCCAAGACCGUUGAUAGACUGCCUACGCCUGUUCGUGGGCGAAGUACCAGCCCUUGUUCUGGUCCAGAAGCCAAGGGCCGAAAGCGUUCCCGGUCGCCAUCGUGUGGAACGGACGAUAAAGUCUCAAGUCGACGAGUUCGAUUCUCGAGCAACGUUACGUUUCUUGUGAGGGAAGCAGAAUCAACUAGCUCCGAUGAGGAAAGUGCCACGGAUACACCAACAAGCGAAGCUAACGGACAUCGAGAGGCGCAGGAGCAGGAGCCGGACGUCAGUUCAUCUCCUAGCAAUAGUUUAAAGCACGCUCGUGACGAGGAGGAGCGGGAGCAAGGAACACCAAGAAUUACUUCGUUCUGGCCGACGAAAAAAUUAAAAGCAGGGGCAUUUGCAACCAAACCUCGUGAAUCCAGAGCCUCUCCUACGGCGAUAUCCGCUUUCUCUCAUACUCGUCCACUCCGUCCACUGCCCCGCACACAACCCAAGGCGGAAAGAACACGAGGUUCCUUUCGUGGAAAAAGGGAAGAUCUGUUGACCAAAGAUUCAACGGAGACGUUUCGGACCUCAAUGAGCUCGCCAAUGCGACUUGGGAGGGAUGCCUUGAGUGAAGCUGCAUCGGAACCUAGUAUGUUUACGCUAGGACUAGGUCGAGCAUUUGAGUUCCGCUUUGCUAUGCCAAGGUGUCUGAGUGGUGUAUCUCAUCCGACUGCUUUGUUGGCAUAACUCCUAACGUGCACACUAGUUGUCGAGCGGUCUCACCGUCGUCCUUCCUCUAACUGAAGAAUAUUUUUUAUUUCCCAUUUUCUCUGCUUUCUGGUUUUCUCCCAUCUCUUUUUCAUGUUUUUCUCUUCGAUUCUUCAUCGCUAUUUUCUCAAUUUCUGUUCCGCAAUCAAUGUUCGGUUACCCCAUCAAUCAAUUCCAUUCCAUUCCAUUCCGUCUCCAACCAUGUUAUAUU